UCGAAAACACAAAAGAAAACACGCAAUAAAAAUUCCGACAUGGGAAAAAUGAACUCAAACACUCAACAUUCUCACGACACGGUUUCUUGGGUACGAGGAAAAUGCAUAGGAAGAGGGUCGUUCGGCACCGUCAGCAUCGGGGUCAGCAAAUCGGACGGUCGUGUCUUCGCCGUCAAGUCGGUCGAUCAAGCCGCGUGCCUUCCCGGCCAGCUGGAGGCGCUGGAGAACGAAAUUCGAAUUCUCCGGUCGCUCUCCUCGCCGCACGUCGUGAGUUACCUCCGCGACGACGUUUCGUGCGAAUCUGCGACGUCGUUUCGUAAUCUCCACUUGGAGUACUUGCCAGGUGGCACCGCCGUGGACGCCGACGUGGACGAAACGACGCUGCGGUCGCGCGUUUGGUGCGUCGUUUCGGCGCUGAAGCACGUUCACUCCAAGGGCAUUGUUCACUGCGACGUCAAGGGGAGGAAUGUCCUGGUGGGCCCCGCGAUUAAUCAAGCCAAGCUCGCCGAUUUCGGCUCCGCGAUUGUCUUGUCGGAUGACAUGUGGACGAAUAGAAUCACGCCGCGAGGAAGUCCGCUUUGGAUGGCGCCGGAGGUCAUUAACGGGGAAUAUCAGGGGCCGGAGUCCGACGUAUGGUCGUUGGGCUGCACGAUUAUCGAGAUGGUGACCGGAAAGCCCGCGUGGGAGGAUCGCGGGAUGGAGACGCUGGCUCGGAUCGGGUUGUCGGGUGAAUUGCCCCGGUUCCCGACCCAGUUGUCGGAAACGGGCCGCGAUUUUCUCGGCAAGUGUCUGAGUAGGGACCCGAAGGAGCGGUGGAGCUGCGAUCAGCUGCUGCAGCACCCAUUUUUGGCUUCCGCGUCGCUUAAUGCAGUCGCCUAUUCGUCGCCACGGUCCGUGCUCGACUGGGUUAACUCCGAGUUCGGUGAUCAAACCGACGACGUCGAUGGCGAGGACGAGGAGGAGUGCGAGGUUUCUGCCAGGAACCGGAUUGGUAAAUUGGCGACGGAGGCAGGGGCGAAUUGGGAAUCGGACGGAUGGACGGUGGUGAGGGAAUAUUCAGGUGGCGCGAACUCUUGUGAGGAAGAAGGGACGAGUGAGGAAUAUUGUAAUUGUGGAGGGGUAGAAUUGGAAUUAGACAACCUAAGUGGCGGUGGUUCAGUGGAGAGAGGUGUUAACUACAGUGGGUGGUGCGCGGUUGGCGCCAGCGGUUCGAAAAGGGAACAUUUGGCGGUGGAAAGGUUAGGAGUUGGAAAAAGGUCACGUCAAAGCUUGUGUAAUUUGUGCGGAAGCAAAGUAUUAUUAUUAUUUUUAUAUUUUAUUGGGAUAUUCUUGAAUAAAUUACGAAUUCUAUUUAUUUGUUAUAUUGUUUAUGUUUCAUUAUCUUGGCAUGGAGAUAUGCAUGUGAAUGUGAUGAUUGAACAAAGUCUAAUCGUUGUUAAACUUAAUACGUUAAACGAAUCAAAAGUUUGACGCACUUUAUUAAAUAAA